AUGCCGAAAGAUCAAAAUUUAAGAAUCUUAUCCAAGCACGAGCGGAUGCUCAAGGUGUCGCUAGGAAACGUAAAAGAAUUUGUGCAAUCUUACAUUCCAGGCCAAGACACAGGUGCGCUGGAAUUAAGAAUGAAUAAGCUGGAUGAACUAUUGGAGAAGUUUGUCGAUGUGAGAAGCCAAAUCGAGAUCUUGUUGGAGGAUACUGACAACGAAGAGGAAUUCACGGAUUCGGAAGAGACGGAAGAAGCAAGGUUGCGACGACAAGUUGCUAUGCAAACCCGCCAGGAUCACGAGAAUGACCGAAUCAUCCAGGAUUUUGAGAAUGAAGUAUAUCGGUUGAAGCAGCUUAUCAUGAGUCAUCUUCCUAGCACAAGCGAACGCCGUGCGCUGCAAGUACCCGCAGCUGCUGUUGAACCACACAUACAAUCCAAAGUGAAACUGCCCGAGUUGAAACUACCUACCUUCAGUGGCAAAAUGGCAGACUGGGUUACUUUUCGUGACACCUACAAAAACUUAAUCCACAAUGAUAGUAGGUUGUCUAGUAUGGAUAAAUUUACGUAUCUCCGUACAUCGCUAACCGGAGAAGCCUUGCAGGAAAUUGCAACGAUAGAGAUGUCAGCAGUGAAUUAUAGAAUAGCGUGGGAAGCAUUGGAAAACAUGUACGAGAAUAAAAAGAUGCUUGUAAUGACGCACUUGGAUACACUAUUCGCCCAAGAAUCAAUGCGUCAAGAAUCGUUUGAAUCCCUCAAUCGAUUGGUCAGUGGUUUCGAGAAGAAUCUUCAAAUGUUAAGCAAGUUGGGAGAACGGACGGACGGAUGGAGCACUCUACUGCAAUACAUGCUCUGUAAGCGGCUUCAUCCAGCAACUUUAAGACAAUGGGAGUCGCAUUACAAUUCGAAAGAAGUGCCCAAUUAUGGGACUCUCAUUGAGUUUUUGAAGGGAUAUUGUUCAGUGUUACAAUCUAUAUCGCCACCAAAGACACCUGCGACUGAUGUUAAGAAAUUGUACCGAUCUUCGAUGAGUCACACAGGUGUCCAGCCAGCCGCACAGUGCUGCCUGUUUUGCGGAGAACCUGCACACUCUGUCUUUAAGUGUUCCAAGUUUUGCAAAUUAAGAGUUUCUGAAAGAGUGGACGCAGUUCGAAGGAAUUCACUGUGUUUAAAUUGCCUUUCCCCAGCUCAUAUGGCCAGAUUUUGCACACGAGGAUCAUGCCAUUAUUGUGGUCAGCGACAUCAUUCACUACUGCACGCGAGUCCAUCGACGUACACAAAUACGCAGCCGAAAUCUGGACAACAGUUGAACAAGAAACCUCAAUGGCAGCAAACGCAACCUCCACAGAAUCUAGCGAAGUCUACACCGAACAAUCACUCAGCAGACACUCAAUUCACACAGAAGGCCCACACUAAGUCACAAACAUCAAAUGCAAACACAGCUCAAUUUCACAUAAAUGCCACAGACAGUCCUAGUACAAGCUACCACACUGCUUCCUCAGUUAAUAUUCACCACACUCCACACACCGUACUUCUUUCCACGGCGAUAGUAAGUCUCGGUGAUCAAUACGGGAAUUCUAUUCUCGCUCGCGCGUUGUUAGACUCCGGCUCACAACGUUGUUAUAUUUCGGAAAACCUUUCCCAGAAACUUAAAUUCAAACGAAGUCGUGAAUUGCUACCAAUAGUCGGAAUUGGUGGGGCACGAACUUCUUCUACUCAAGCUGUUUUUGCUGAAGUUAAAUCGCUCAAUACCCCGUUCAAAAGACAGCUGAAAUUUCACGUCCUUUCAAGGGUAACUGUAGAUUUGCCAGUGAGGAGUAUUGCGAUAAACUCGUGGCAGAUUCCAGCGAACAUCGUCCUUGCCGAUCCAACGUUCAACGAAUCAGGAGCAGUAGAUCUAAUUAUCGGAGCUGAAUUGUAUUUAGAGCUGAUGAUACCCGAACACCAAGUAAAAUUGGCCGAGUUUGGUCCAGUAUUGCAGAACACUCAGUUGGGAUGGAUCGUAGCAGGUGUCGUUCCUGAAGUUUCAAUUUGCAAUAACGCCGUCACGUCAGAAUCUUGGGAAGUACUUGAAAGUCAACUAGCACGGUUUUUCGAUCUCGAGUCGUGUCGUACUUCGAGCACUUUGUCGUUGGAGGAAUCCGCAUGUGAAGCAUUUUUCGGAAAUACGACCGACAGAGAUUCAACGGGUAAAUUUGUAGUGCAGCUCCCAAAGAAGAAACUCAUGCUUGAUCGUCUAGGAGAUUCAAAAUCGACGGCACUUCGUCGUUUCACUGCGCUAGAGCGACGUUUAGGUGCUGAUCCAGUUGUGAAGGAGAUGUACACUAACUUUAUUCACGAGUAUCUGCGAUUGCAACAUAUGCGAGAAGUUCCGGUAGACCAAGAGGAAAACACACCUGGAACGCCGUAUUAUUUGCCGCACCACGCAGUAAUUAAGCCGGAAAGUACAACAACAAAAUUACGUGUGGUCUUUGACGCGUCUUGUGCCACGACGAGUGGAAUUUCGCUCAACGACGCGUUGAUGAUAGGCCCAAUUGUGCAACGGGACCUAUAUUCAAUUAUGCUUUCCUUUCGACUGCGAAGAUUCGCGAUAACAGCUGACAUCGAGAAGAUGUAUCGCAUGGUCAAGGUGCAUGCUAAUGACCAUCACCUUCAGCGCAUUGUGUGGAGAAAUAACCCUUCGGAACGAAUUCGAACGUACGAGUUGUUAACGGUUACUUACGGGACCUCCCCUGCCCCGUACUUGGCAACUCGCUGUCUAAAACGUGUGGCAGAAGACUCUAAAUUAAGAUAUCCUGCUGCAGCAAAGACAAUUCUCGAUAAUUUCUAUGUUGAUGACCUUUUGAAAAGUUUCGAUAGCAUCGAAGAAGGUCAGAGAAUUUGUGCAGAAUUAAUACAAUUGCUAGGAUCUGCUGGGUUCACUUUACGAAAAUGGAGUUCAAACUCACAUGAAAUAAUCGACCAUAUUCCUCAACCCUUAAGAGACGAACGGCUGUCAGCGGAGAUCGACUCAUUAGAAGUUAAGGCCCUAGGAUUGAAGUGGAUGCCACUAUCGGAUAUGUUUAAGUUUUCUGUUCCUGUGUGGAAUUCGUCUACAGAGAUCAACAAGAGAAUAAUUCUAUCCGAUUGUGCAAAGCUCUUCGACCCGCUCGGAUUAGUUGGACCUGUUAUUGUUCGAGCUAAAGUAUUUCUGCAGGAUCUUUGGAAAUCAAAGUUUUCCUGGAACGAAACUAUUACUGGCGAGCUUCGAUCAUGGUGGCUAGAAUUCCGAGAAACGUUAUCCGGGCUUACUCAUAUUAAUGUUCCCAGGUGGAUUGGCUUCAGUACGGAAACCGUUUCCGCAGAAAUUCACGGGUUUUGCGAUGCGUCUGAAAAGGCAUACGGCGCAUGUCUCUAUCUACGGUGUACCUCGGUAAAUGGAAAUGUAGAGGUCUCACUAAUUACAUCGAAAUCCCGAGUCGCUCCAAUCGAUGAUGCUGCGAAGAAACGAAAAAGGAUUUCUAUUCCACGGCUGGAAUUAACUUCCGCUCUUGUUUGUAGUCACCUAUUUGAAAAGGUCAUCCAAGCAAUAAACCUUCCCGUCCAAUCGUAUUUUUGGACUGACUCGAUGAUUACAAAAUGUUGGCUGUCAUCCCCUCCAUCUCGUUGGAACAUAUUUGUUGCCAAUCGAGUAUCAGAAAUCCAACACAUAACGCGGAAUGGUGUUUGGAAUCACAUUUCCGGCGCAGAAAAUCCUGCGGAUGUACUGUCGCGCGGAAUGACACCAGAUCAGUUAGUAUCACAUCAGAUUUGGUGGCAAGGACCGUCUUGGUUACGUUUAGAGAAAGAAUAUUGGCCAAGAACAGUCAAAAUUCAUGUGGAUGGUUUGGACCCCGCUCUUCUGGAGGAGAAAACAACCGUAUCAAUGGCAGUCCAAAUCAUGCCACCCAGUUCCAUUUUCACAUUGAGGUCAUCGCUAACAGAUCUGGUACGAAUCGUAGCUUUACUGCUAAGAUUUAAAUUCAAUUGUACACACCGUCAUAGUCGCAAAUUUGGCUUUGUGACUUACCAAGAGAAGGAAGAUGCGCGUCAUCAGCUAAUCAGCCUAGCGCAACGAGAAUCUUUCGAAGAAGAUAUAGAGGAAAUUAAGCGAAACGGGGAAGUUAAGUCAUCGUCUAGAAUUAAGUCGCUAACACCUCGCUUAAUAGACGGUUUACUUCUGGUUGGUGGCCGUCUUCGGAAUGCUCAAAUAUCCGUAGGACGGAUGCACCCUAUCAUAUUAUCUAAUUCCCAUCCAUUAACUGCGCUCAUAGUGACACACUACCAUCGAAACCUUUUGCAUGCUGGACCUCAACUCGUACUGUCAAGCAUACGAGAACGAUAUUGGCCACUUUCAGCUCGCAACUUGGUGCGUAAAAUUAUACACAAGUGUAUACAAUGCUAUCGAACGAAACCGAAACCUCACGAGCAGCUGAUGGGUGAUUUGCCUGUCGAGCGCCUUACUCCCGCUCCACCAUUCCAGAGGGUAGGCGUCGACUACUGCGGACCGUUUCAUAUCCAGUACCCUCACCGGAAGGGACUCCCGAUUAAAUGCUUUAUCGCGGUAUUUGUAUGCCUCGUAGUAAAGGCCAUUCAUUUGGAAGUCGUCGCAGAUUUAACCACUCAAGCAUUUAUCGCUGCAUUAAAGAGAUUUGUUUCCCGUCGGGGUCUACCCGAAAUCAUAAUGUGUGACAAUGCUACCAAUUUCGUUGGUGCACGUCGUGAAUUAGACGAGUUAAGGAGGCUGUUCAAUAAUCAGAACUUUGCUCGAACCGUGUCACAAGAGGCAGCUCUGGACAAUAUUCAGUUCAAAUUUAUACCCGCAAAAUCUCCAAACUUUGGUGGCCUCUGGGAGGCUUCAGUAAAGGCCAUGAAGGGCCAUCUAAAAAGAACCCUGGGAAAUGCAGUCAUCACCUACGACGAAUUAUGCACACUGGCCACUCAGAUCGAGUCCUGCCUCAACUCUAGGCCUAUAACUCCCCUAUCAAACGACCCCAACGAUCUGAAAAUUUUGACACCGGGACAUUUCCUCAUUAACCGACCACUUUCGGCGAUACCAGAACCAUCCCUGGAGGAUUUGAAGGAAGGUAGACUAUCGAGAUGGCAGCGAGUACAGAACUACCUUCAGCAUAUUUGGCGGCGAUGGUCAACACAAUAUUUGUCAGAACUAAACUCUCGUACAAAAUGGACUAAGCGACGAAACAACUUAUUUGUUGGCACUAUGGUGCUAUUACGCGAGGAUAACAUUCCUCCAUUAAAAUGGCGAAUGGGAAGGGUCAUUGAAGUACAUCCUGCACCAGACGGUAACAUCCGCGUGGUGAAAGUUCGCACCAAGGACGGUAUUUUCACUCGAGGGAUCUCAAAGGUCUGCAUACUGCCAAUAUCAGACAAUGAAUCCUCACCAACAACCCACAAGGAAGAAUAA